AUGAACGGAAUUAUUCAUGGAAUUAUUGAUGAAAACUUGAACAAAUAUAAUGGCUCAAAUAAUUAUAUUUUCUUUAAUGCCAUAUGCAAAUAUAUGGAUGAUUUAAUUUUUAUGAUCAACCCCAAGAAAUUAAUUUUUAUUGCAAUAGAUGGUGUUGCUCCAAGAGCAAAGAUGAAUGAGCAACGUAAGAGACGAUUUGAAAGUGCUAAUGAACAUAAUAAAUUUGAUAGAAACUCUGUGACUCCAGGAACAAAAUUUAUGAAUGAUCUUUCAAAGAAUAUCAAAGAAUUUAUUACUGAUAAAACUCAGAAUGAUGUUGGCGAUUGGGGAAGCCAAAAAAUUAUAUACUCUGGUCAUGACGUGCCAGGUGAAGGGGAGUAUAAAAUAUUAGAGCAUAUUCGUCGUUCUGAAUCAAAUAAUAUAAAUCAUUUGAUAUUUGGAAAAGAUUCGGACAUAAUUUUGUUGGGACUUUUACAAUAUGAAAAAAAUAUCAAUGUAAUUUGUACUGACAAAAUCGAUUCAAGAUCAAAAGAGUUUGAAAUAAAAGCAUUACCAACUUUACGUAAAGAGUUAGAAAAAGAAUUUAAGAAACUUUGGGAUCAUGAUUCUCAACCACCUUUUGAAUUUGACAUUGGAAGCAUAAUAAAAGAUUUUGUAUUAUUGACAUUUUUUGUUGGUAAUGAUUUCGUAACGGCAUUGCACAAUAUUAAUAUUAAAUGUAAAGGACUUGAUUUGGCCAUUUUUAUUUAUAAAGAAGUGUUAAAAGAUUGUGAACUGUAUAAGGAAAUUCAAAAAAAAACUAUUGAAACAGAAAAUGGAAAUGAAGCCGAAUUUCAAAAAUGGAAAAACAAUUAUUAUCGGAAUCAUGAUCGAGAAAUUUUAAUUCAAGCAUAUAUUAAAGUGUUACAAUGGACAAUUUCCUAUUAUAAUGGUGGAUUAAAAUCUUGUAGAUGGUUUUAUCCUGGACAUUAUUCACCAAUGAUAUCAGAUUUACAAGAUCUAAAAAUAAGUGAAAUAAAUUUUGAUGAUGAAGACUAUUAUAAACCAUUUGAACAUUUAAUGUUUGUUUUACCUCCUACAAGUAAAAAUCUCUUACCGAGGGCAUAUCAGGACUUUAUGAAUGAUCCCCAAAUUGAAGAAUUUUAUCCUAAAACCACGAAAAAAAAUUAUAUGCUUCCAUUUAUUGAUGAAGAAAAAUUAUUAACUUUGUUAAAAUCAGCAGAAAACAAGCUAAUUGAAGAAGAAAAACUGAGAAACACGUUUGGAUCUCCACAGAAAUGGAAUGAUCUAUAUUGA